UGUCAGUAGUGUCAGUUCAAAAGUUAACGGCUUUGUUUAGUUUUCGAAGCUUAAUAUUCAACUGUUUUUUUGUUUAUUUAAUUGAACUUGGUGUUCUAAAUUUGAGUUAUUAUAUAAUCAUUUGUUUAAAAUUAUGUCUCAACAGCAGACGAAAAAUUGUAUAACGCUUCGGGGUUCAGCACAAAUAUUGUGUGAAUAUUUAAAUUAUGCCAUAAAUUCAGUACUAUUUCAACGAGGUUUAUAUCCACCGGAAACGUUUAAGGCGGCUCAACAAUACGGAAUUACUUUACUCCUUUCUGAAGAUCCACAAAUCAAGAAUUUUCUUACAAAUCUAUUAACUCAAAGUGAAGAAUGGAUAUUAAACAAAAAAGUAAGUAAACUCUCUCUAGUAAUAUUAAAUGUAGCCAAUAAAGAAAUUUUGGAAUGUUGGGAUUUCAACGUCCAAUAUGAAGAAGGUGAUGUAGCAUUAUCUAAGGAAAAAAAUGAGACCGUCGGUAGUAAAGAUUUGAAGAAAAUACAACAGGAAAUAAGAGAUGUUAUGUUGCAAGUUGCGGCCACAAUAUCAUAUUUACCUUUCCUAGAUUGUAGAUGUUCAUUUGAUGUUCUAGUACAUGCUAAGACGGACUGUGACAUACCAGAGAAAUGGGCAGAAGCCGAGCCUGUUGCUAUAGUUAAUGCUCAAAAUGUACAAUUAAAAACAUUUUCAACGAGUCUACAUAAAAUGGAAACAGUAGUUAGUUAUAAACUUGUUGAUUAGAAUGUAGUCUGUGUAAUAUAGUCCAUAAGGUUUUGUAAUUUUAUUUAGUAGUUUUUUUAAAUAAGCGUUUAUAAUAAUAAUCAAAAAUUUUAACAUUUGAUUAAAAUAAUUUAAAUAAAUUUCGCAGGCAGUAUAAAUAUAAUAAUGAUAUAUAUCUUAAUAUAUAUUUAUGAUGUAUAAGGACUUCUACUUGUAACCCCUCUUGAUACUCAAGGUGCGAAUUAUGUUAUGAAUUCCAAAGUAUUGCCACAUAAUCUGUAGUGGCUACCACAGAGCUCCAGGUAAAAAUAUAUGUAGGUUCUAGACAUUAUAUGUCAGAUUCUUAAUGAAUGUAAAAUAAGUUUAUGAAAAUUAGAAAAGGAACUUUACAAAACAGAAGUUAUUUAUUUCAUGUUCUGAUGUUUGGAUGGAUAGAUAUAUGAGACUCUAAUCACGGCAGUACAGUCCAGAUUAUAGUAUGGAAUAAAACAUAGGUUACUUUUUACCCCCUAAUAAUGGCAACUCCAAAACCUUGCUCACAUCCAGGCCGAAACUAGUAUAAUUUUCUAUGUAUAAUUCGAAUCUAAAUUAUACACUUAUUCAAUAUGCUUAAUUAUGUGGAUAUGUAGCAUAAUUCGCCCUUUGAGCGCGACGAAUGUAAUAAAUUAACAAAUAGUCCAAUUUGGAAACAGCUCAUUAUAAUAUAUAUUUUUGAACAUUGUAGUAAUUUUGUUCUAUAAGUUUAUCUUUUGAUUUUCAUUUUAUACAUCCUAUUUUAACUUUUAGACCGUUUUGUUUUGAAAUAAAGAUUGUAAUUGUUUGGUAAGUUUUAAGGGUAAAUGUUACAAUGUUUAACAUGUAGCUAGCAUUCUUGUAGUAGUUUGUAUUCAGUAAACUAGGAUGGUUCAUUGAAAAUAUUGCUAAUUUCUGUAGAUACAUCUGUAAAUACUUAAUAUUUUAUAAAAAAAUGUCGAAAGUAAUUGUAAUUGCAUACAUUUUUCACAAUCAAAUGUUGCCAAUUUUAUAAAUUUGGAGUUGAGGUAUAGCUCGAAAGAGUUAAUUAUAGAUAACAUAUUUAAUCUGUGGUAAGUUUUUGUUUGUCUUUAUCCAUAACUGAUGCAAGUCUAAAUAGAUUAGGCAAAUACAAAUUUCAAUAAAUCAUUAAAUUUAGCAUGCUUUCGUCGACCAAAAAUGUUUAUCAGCUAAUCUUACAGUAAAUAAUCAAGAACUAUAGGUUUGAUUAAAAAAUAAUCAUUCUUUACAAAGAUGUUUAUUUUCUUGAUUGGUUAAUAUUGGAUUAAAUAAUUCGCUGUACGUUAUAAUAUGCGCAGUUUCAUAUAAUCUUAUACAUUAUAUUCCGUUUUUUACUACGAUCAUAUACAUGCACGUCAAGAGUCAAGACCCGUUUAAACGGGCAAAGAUAAACGGUAUGAUCGCAGUUAAAUUUUAGAACAUAAUGUAUGACUGAAAAAGAUGUCAAUACAUUCUCACCUUGUCUUUGUUUUUUGGAAUGUAUUUAUGUUCAAACAUUUUAUAAAAUGCGUUCAAAUUAUUUAUCAGUUAUCCUGUUGUAUUAAUUGUCCGUUCGUUUUAAGCACUUUAUGUCUAGACGUUUUUGCAACGUAAAAUUUGAUAUGGUUACCAAUUUUAUUUUUAUUUGAUAUUUUCAGCAUUUGAAUGAAUAAAUACAUCAUGUUCUUAAUUUUUAUGCUUUAACAGUGUAGUUUGUAUUCAAAACAAUUAUAGUUCACCAACUGUUGCAAAACCGAAUGCUGAUAAAUGUAAGAUCCUUCUUAAAUUUAUCAAUAUUCGAGUCGUUUCACCUCUCUCUGUUUGUGUAGUUUUUUUUUAAUUUGAAACUUCUAGGGAUGCUUUGUCGAUGGUUUUAAAUAUAAACAUAAGAUUCUAGUUUAAUUAUUGUUCAUGAACUGUGAUAGUACAAUAAGUGUAGCGAUAUCGAUUUUGCAAUUCAUUUUGUAGAAGUUAUUUUAUCUAACUUAAUUCUUAGUAUCGAUUGCAAAUAUAGUUUGAUAUAAAAACGU